AAGAGAGAGAGUGAGAGAGAGAGCAAGAAGUCGGAGGAAAUGGCGAUUCCAGUGACGAGAAUGAUGGUUCCUCACGCACGACCAUCGCUUCGUCUCUCACACACCAACCUUACAAACUCAACUCGUGUUAACUUCCUCUGUCGCUGUGCUCCAUCAGAACUCCAACCACUUCGGCCCGAACUCUCUUUAUCUGUCGGAACUCACGCCAUCCCACAUCCAGAUAAGUGUCUAAAUAGGUGGAGAAAGGUGGGGAAGAUGCUUUCUUUGUGAGUAGUUAUAGAGGAGGAGUCAUGGCUGUUGCAGAUGGUGUCUCCGGUUGGGCUGAACAAGAUGUUGAUCCUUCCUUGUUCUCUAAAGAACUUAUGGCGAAUGCUUCUCGUCUAGUUGAUGAUGAAGAUGUCAGAUAUGAUCCUGGUUUUCUCAUUGACAAAGCUCAUACCGCAACUACCUCCAGAGGUUCUGCCACAAUUAUUCUAGCUAUGCUUGAGGAAGUCGGUAUUCUCAAAAUAGGCAAUGUUGGAGACUGUGGACUUAAACUUCUUCGUGAAGGUCAGAUUAUUUUUGCCACUACUCCACAAGAGCACUAUUUUGACUGUCCUUACCAACUUAGCUCUGAGGGUUCUGCUCAAACUUAUCUAGAUGCAUCGUUUAGCAUAGUGGAAGUACAGAAGGGGGACGUGAUCGUGAUGGGUUCAGAUGGGCUUUUCGAUAAUGUGUUUGACCAUGAGAUCGUUUCGAUUGUGACAAAGCAUGCAGAUGUUGCAGAAUCAUCGAGGUUAUUAGCUGAAGUGGCGAGUAGCCAUUCAAGAGAUACAGAGUUUGAAUCUCCAUAUGCAUUAGAAGCAAGAGCCAAGGGCUUUGAUGUUCCUCUCUGGAAGAAGGCACUAGGAAAGAAGCUUACAGGAGGGAAGCUUGAUGAUGUCACUGUGAUCGUUGCCAAAGUUGUUAGCUCAUGAGUCAACUCUGUUCAUGAUAAAGUUUAUAUAUGAACUUCUCUUUAUUCUUUUUGUACAAGUCCUUAUAGAAACUUGUCCCUUUCUCUCAAUAAGAAUGUGUUUUCAAAUCUAUAGAAGAAAAUAUAAUUCACCCUUGUGAAUA